AUGGCUCCUACCAAAUACGAGAUGCUCCCGGAGCCUGCCUCCAUGCAUCUCGCUCCGCGUCGUUGGACGCGCUCCGCCUCCUUGGGCCUCGGCCUCUUGGGCACUGCCUUGAUCGGAACCAUCGGUGUGAUCGUCUUGAAGAGCAAGACUUCCGGAGGUGUGUCUUCCUCGGUGGCUGAUCCGACCAAAGAGUACAGUAUGGUAAGCUCACAUGGAUUCAUGGGCGGAGUGAAAUCCUUCGCUCAUAGUUCAAUUGCUAUGCCAGGUUUGCCUCAGUUUCACCAGGGCUCACAUGUCACACAUGUCCAUCACUUUCACUCCUUUGGCACGCCUGUGGAUUCUUCUUUCGGCAUGCCAGUGGAUCAAGUCAGCUACGGUGAUUCUUCUAUGGUGGGUGAUUCUUCUGCUACAGGGUAUUCUACUGUUGGCGACGUUGACUCUUCUGUUACAGGGGAUUCUUCUUCUUUGGGCGUCCCAGCAGAUCAAGUCAACUACGGUGCUUCUUCUUUCGGCGUCCCAGCAGAUCAAGUCGACUACGGUGCUUCUUCUUUCAGCGUGCCAGCGGAUCAGGUCAACUAUGGUGAUUCCGUUGCAAUGCCAUCGGACAUGAAUCAGGUUCACUACACAGCACACGGAGGUUCGUUUGCUAUGCCAGCCGACAUGGAUCAGAUUCACUUUGGUGCCAGUUCCAUUGUCCCAGGAUGGACGAAGAAUUCCUUGGGUGGCUUGGAGCAUCACUCAGUGGUGGAUUGCACCACGGUGGAGGAGGAUGCUUCGGUGGCCAAGCUGGAAAUGUGUUGCAAAUACGGCAAGAUUGGUUGCAAGCAGCUGAAGAAGGCAAAGAAGGCGAAAGCCAAGAAAGCUGAGACCAAGGAAGAUGAUGCUGACGAUCAUGAUAAAGACGAUCAUGACGACGAUCACGAUCAAGAGAAGGAGUCUGCCGAAGAGCCUUCAAUGGCAGUGGAAGAUGUAGAAGAGAAGGAGGUGCAGGCAGAAGAGCCAGAGAAGGAGGCUGCCGAAGAGCCUGAGACGGAGGCUGCCGAAGAGCCAGAGAAGGAGGCUGCCGAAGAGCCUGAGACGGAGGCUGCCAAAGAGCCUGAGACGGAGGCUGCCGAAGAGCCUGAGGCAGAGGAGCCAGAAAAGGAGUCUGCCGAUGAGCCUUCAAUGGCAGUGGAAGAUGUAGAGGAGAAGGAGGUGGAGGCAGAGGAGCCAGAGAAGGAGUCUGCCGAAGAGCCCGAGACAGCUGAGAAGGCGGUGGAGGCAGAGGAGCCAGAGAAGGAGUCUGCCGAAGAGCCCGAGACAGCUGAGAAGGCGGUGGAGGCAGAGGAGCCAGAGAAGGAGUCUGCCGAGGAGCCCGAGACAGCUGAGAAGGCGGUGGAGGCAGAGGAGCCAGAGAAGGAGUCUGCCAAGGAGCCCGAGACAGCUGAGAAGCAGGCAGAGGCAGAGGAGCCUGAAAAGGAGUCUGCCGAAGAGCCUGAGGCCUUUGUCUCAGUCGCCUCACUUGCUGGUCGAAGCCCCUGGUGGACGGCUGCGGUGGACUCCGCGGGCAUCGGUCGCCUGAAGGGCGCAUCGUCACCGAAGCCGCAGCGAAAGAGCGGAACGUCCGAUCCCAACGUAAGCCCAUCACGAGUGAAGCCCAUCCUGAUUUGGGUUCGCAGAUCUUCAGAGAGAUAUACCGAGUUCCAUGCCGUGGUUCCUGAGUUUGCCGAGAACAGAACGCCUCAGUGCUAUGAUUGCACGCAGAGGAGUACCUUUGAGCACGUGAAGUAUUGGCAAGAUGAGGUUCGAAGGUAUUCCACCAAUCAGGAUGCGAUUCUGAUGCUGGUUUCGAACAAGGUGGAUUUACCGGAGGUGCAAGUCUCGAGAACGGAGGGCGAGGAGAGUCGGGCGAGACGGAGUCGGUUCGUCGGCGAGGAGAAGGAACAGACGCAAAAGGUGGAGCACCCGUGCAGCACGGCCUCGCAGCCGACGCGGCAGGAGUUUGCCUUCGCCCAGUCGAUGAUGUUCAUCGAGACGAGCGCCAAGACGAGGUCCUUUUGCGUCCCAACCGAUCGAGUGGAGCGAGCGGAGGUCCUGGCCUUGACGCCGGGUCAGCUGUGGAAAAGAUCCGUGUGGCGGAGUUCGGCGACGCGUUCCGCGACGUUCAACGUGUACUUGGUGCGGCAUGGCGAGUCCACCUGGAAUUCAGCCGCGAAGCGCUGGGAUUUGUGGCAGAUGUUCUCCCAGGUGGAUCAUCCGUUGACUGAGCAGGGCAUCCAGCAGGCCAAGCGCCUGCGAGACGCGGCGGCACAGGACGCCCUGUGGUCGCAGAGUCGGCUCUUCUCAUCGCCGCUGACGCGCGCCCUGCAGACCACCUUGUUGGCCACGGCUGUCGCCGGUUCCGAGGGCGAGUCGCCAGCGAGGAGCGCCAAGCGCUUGACGCUGCUGCCCGACGCGCGCGAGAUCGCUUGGCCGCUGGCAGGUCCCGACUCCCGCAGUCGCGUGCUGGGUGAAGGAGUCAUGGCACGCGCAUUGGAGGAGCUGAGAAAAGUGGAGGCCACGUGGACCGAAUGCACUGAGGAGCAAUCUGUGGUGGAUGCAUCUCUGGUGGAGAAAGUUUGGUGGAACAAGUUCUGGGAGUCCAAGACAGAGAUGCAAGAGAGGUUGAAGCGGCUUCUGCAGACCAUUGAGCCAGCGAUGCCGGGCCAAAGUAGUGUCCUGGUUUGUCACAGCUUGUUGAUUCAGCGGCUCUUCAAGGACUUCGCUGCUCCCAGCUUGGUGAAGGACCCUGAGAAGCAGCAACUCCUGUCGGGUCUCCGGUCGCGCAAGUUGCAGAACUGUGGACGUCCGGGCAUUGUCCUCUGCAUCUCCUCUCCACCGACCUCCGCUGACCUCCCCGGACCGACGUCGAGGUGCCGUGCGGCUUCGCUUGGACACUGGCCAGAUCCACGACGUAGAGUUGGCCUUUGGAACCAAGCUCGUGUGACACUGGGCGGACCCGGCCACCCGGUGGUCCCGCUGGCCGGCGGAGUGAGCUGCGCCGCGUGGUUGCACCAAGUCCUCCACCUGAGCAGGUGGAGUGUUUUCAUGAGUGUUUUCGGCCCAAAGAAGGCUCAAUGA